CUCUCCUUCCUCCUCUCUCUUCUCCAGCGCCUUCCCCUGCUCCCUCUUAUCGCCUUCGCGCUCUAAAAUGGCCUCACACUCCGCCACACAGUAAACAAAACGACGGGCCCACUCCCCGACGGCUGACGCCCUCCCACGGCCCCUUCCAUGAGGCAGCUGCACCUCUCGCCGCAGCUCUCCCCCUCCCCGGUCCUCUCCUCUCACUUCUCGCCGCCGCCGGCGGAGGCCUUGUCCUGGCGGCGGCGGCUGCACCGGGGACGGGCCUUCCAACCGCCGCUCUCCUCGCUGCGGGAUCCCAACAAGGCCACGCUCCGCAAGGCCUCGUCCAACGUCCCCUUCCGCCUCGGCGGUGGCGGGAGCGGCAGCCCCAAGGACCGCCGCCCCGCCGACGACGACAAGGAGGAGGAGGAGGCCGAGGGCGAGGGCGGCGCAGGAGCACUCACGGGGACGCUGGUCGCAGGAGCGCUACUGGUUGGUUUCGUAGGGGGGUUUGGGGCGGCCGGAUACGUGUACAAGGACCAGAUCAACACUUUCCUCACGCAGUUCUCAGGGUUCAUUGACGGCUAUGGUCCAGCCGGAUAUGCUCUGUUCGUACUUGUAUAUGCAGGAUUGGAGGUUCUCGCUAUUCCCGCAAUACCUUUAACCAUGUCAGCUGGUCUAUUAUUUGGUAGUGUGACCGGUACAAUUAUUGUUUCAAUCAGUGGAACACUAGCUGCAGCGGUGGCCUUCCUUAUUGCUAGAUACUUCGCCAGAGAGAGAAUUCUUAAAUUGGUUGAAGGAAAUAAGAAGUUUCUGGCAAUUGAUAAAGCAAUAGGUGAAAAUGGAUUCAAGGUUGUCACUUUGCUUCGUUUGAGUCCCCUGUUACCUUUCUCCCUUGGGAACUAUCUAUAUGGCCUGACUUCAGUGAAGUUCUUGCCAUAUGUCUUGGGCAGUUGGUUGGGAAUGCUUCCAGGUUCAUGGGCUUACGUCAGCGCUGGUGCAUUCGGGCGAGCUAUAAUUCAAGAGGAGUCGGAAAUUGGUUGGGGAGGAAAUGGACAGCUAUGGACAUUGAGUGUUGGGUUAUUGUUUACGGCCAUGGCUGCCGCUUAUGUAACAAGGCUCGCAAAGGAUGCUGUAAAGGAGAUCGAUGACUAGAAUAGUAGGAUUCUCUAGUAGAAAGGGCCCUCUGGAGUCUGAUAGUAUACUAGCACAUCGUACAUCACUGGCACCUUUGGUGCAAUCAAAUCUAAUAGAAAUUCAGAGCAAUUUUCUGAGUGAA